GCAGAGUUCACUGCUGCCAAUAAAAUAUUUUCCUCUUCUCUGAAACGCUGAGGUCACUGAAACCUGCAACAUGAUUGGGAGCCUUAUUUAUUAUGCCCUCUUCCCACUCACAAAACUUAUCGGUAGACUCUCAGAGUCGUGGUGGAAGGUUCAUCCAGGUCAUCCUGUGUUCAUUAAUGGCAAAGAAGUGUGGGAUGGUGGUGGAGCUCCUUUCAGAAGGCUUAGUGAGCAGCAGACAGCCCUGUUGGAUCAGUGGCGCAGCACAGGGAGUGAACCUUUGGAGAAGCCUAAACCUGCUAACCAAGAGAGGGGAAACGCUGAGGGACUGGUGGAGGGUAGAUUUGUUCUGGAGAGGGAGGAGGUAGCUGAGGUGAAGCAGGAGCAGGAGGAGGACUUGCUUCACAAAGACACCGGGAAUAUUUGGUCGGCAGACCCAGCGGGGCCUGAUCCCGAAUCUUCAGAGGAGGCAAGAGCCUUCAGUUCAGUAAUGGAAAAUGAUGCAAGUGACCUACCUGAAGUAAAAAAGGAAGAAACCAUCCUAUCAGGAAAUGAAAAUGAUGGAUUGAACAUUAUGCUGCAUGAAAAAGAGGAAGUAGAGAAGGAGUUGUUCUCUACAAUAGCUGCUCCUGCUCUGGGGAGUGAAGGAGAGGUUAGUUCUGAGGAGGAAAGGAUGAAUCAUAAGGAGAUAGAUGCAAUGACAGCAGAUGCCCAGCCUGAAGAGAAGAGCACAGACACUGGAGAAAGUGAAGCCCAAGUCAAUGAGGGCAGCAGUGUGUUUAAUCUAAGCGCACUGCUUGCAGAUGGUCAUGCAGAGUCCCUGAAUAGUUUUACACAGUUUCAGUCUGUGCCUGCUGGCUGGCAUUUCCCUGUGGGUCUUGGGUUGUCUGAGGCGGUAUGUUAUCCCUCAGUGCAGUUUCCUGGCAUGAGCUACUACCCUGCAUUUCAAGAGAAUAACAAUCUUGAAGUGAUGUGGAGAGUGUGGGAGGACCUCAGUGAAACCGCUCCCUAUUCUAUAGCACCACCCACAGCUUGCGCAGACCUCUGUAAUAAGUUCGCCUUCACUGUUAUGUCGUACAAUAUCCUGGCCCAAGACCUACUAGAGGCUAACUCUGAGCUGUAUCUGCACUGUUCAGAGGGCAUGCUAGCAUGGGAGAAUCGUCUUCAUGCUAUCCUAAAGGAGCUUCAGACCUGGGAGCCCGAUAUUGUUUGUCUUCAAGAGGUCCAAGAGAAUCACUUUCUGGAGCAAAUACAUCCAGUCCUGACUGAGAUGGGCUACAUUUGUGUUUACAAGCAGCGCACAGGCACCAAAACGGACGGCUGUGCAGUGUGUUACCACGGUGAUCGCUUCAUACAGCUGUCUGUCAGUCUGCUGGAGUUCCGGCGCCAUGACUGUGAGCUCCUGGACCGGGACAAUGUGGGGAUUGUGCUGCUCCUCCAGCCAAUCAGUGAACAUGGAGAAGGCCUGCAGUUUAGCCCCAUCUGUGUGGCCAACACACACCUGUUAUUUAACCCUAGAAGAGGAGAUGUGAAACUGGCUCAGCUGGCCAUAAUGCUGGCAGAGAUUGACAGUGUGAUCAGGCAGUGUAAGACCAAAGGAAGUGACUGUGAGGUCGUUCUGUGUGGGGACUUAAAUUCCUUACCCAACAUGCCCCUGUACCAGCUAAUCGCCACUGGCCAGCUGUACUACCAUGGACUGCCAGCUUGGAUGGUGUCUGGUCAGGAGGACUUGUCAUACAAAAUCCAUCACAGAAGGCUAUACGCCCCCCUGUGGCCCAGCAGCCUGGGAAUCAAUGACAACUGUCAGUACUCGUCUGUCUGUGAACCUCACACAAGAUCAUCAGGGAAACUCCAGUACAACCAUGACUUCCUCCGGCAGCUGCGCUACUGUCAGGCAGCUUGUGUGCGGCCUGCGGAUCUGGAAUUCAUACCCGGCGUCACCGACAACAAACCAAAUCCUGAAGAAAAGCAGUUAUUUUCUCCAAGCAGGUUCAGAAACACUAUAUGUCAUGAAUUAAACCUGAGUUCAGUGUACAGCCCAUACAUAGCUGAUACUGAGCGCUGUGCAGUCACCACAUUACACUCGGAGGGAGCUGCCAUGGUCGACUAUAUCUUUUACUCUUCAAGACGGGGCUUCUCGGAGGACCAUAAAGAGGGGAGGAAUGGUCUGAAGUUGCUUGGCCGUCUCGCUCUACUGUCUGAGGCAGACCUCUGGUCGAUGAAUGGACUCCCAAAUGAAAUGUUCCCCUCAGAUCACCUCAGUCUGCUGGCCAAGUUUCAGCUCGGCUAACUGUUUAGGGCACCAGCCAGUGAGACGCAGUAAGAGGUACUCAGAUGGUUCCAAAUUCAGAGUUAGCUUGUGCUUGGACUGAUAUUCUUUGAGGCCUUAAUCAGGAUGUUUAUGGUUCUGUGCAUUCGAAGUCUUUUCUUCCUGGCAAAGGUAAUGGCCAAAAGCUGAAGGUUUUCUAUUGUUUUAAAUUUUUCCUUACGUUGACUGGUGAAGUCAUAAAAACAUUUUUAGUCAGAUGCCCUUUUUAUACUCUCUGAUAGCUUAGAAUAUUAGAGUUGGUUUUAAAUCUUGAGUUGAACCAAGAUGGUAUUGAAAUUGGGCAUUCAGAUGUUAAAUAUGGGGUUAAGGGCAUUACUUUGGCAAAUAGAACGUACCAUGGAAGAAAGAAUUUUUGCAGUUUUGUCACCAAAAUGUGUUUUCAGUCUGAAAAGUGUUGAAUGUACAUAAUGGUGUGUAAUUUAUUUUUGAGACUAUGUGCUUUUGUUUUGAGCGGCUUAUUAUUCUUUCAGUGGAAGAAAAAAAAGUAAAUAACUUGCCAAAAA